ACUAUACUUACUUUAUUUUAUUUGCAGUGAAGGAGGUUUCUUUAAAGCGCAUUUGUAUUUUCCGAAAGAGUACCCCUUACGUCCUCCACGAAUGAAGUUCGUGACAGAAAUUUGGCAUCCUAACAUUGAAAAGAACGGAGAUGUAUGUAUUUCUAUUCUACACGAGCCUGGCGAUGAUAAAUGGGGCUACGAAAAGGCAUCUGAACGUUGGUUAUCAGUACACACCGUUGAAACGAUAUUGAUAUCUGUGAUAUCAAUGCUGGCUGAUCCAAACGAUGGAUCUCCAGCUAAUGUUGAUGCUGCUAAGGAGUGGAGAGAGUCGUAUCCGGAUUUUAAAAGAAAAGUAGCUAGAUGCGUAAGGAAAAGCCAAGAGGAAUGUUCAUAGAGAUUUGCAGUUUUUUUUUAUUUAUAAACAAUUUGGUACAUUAAAAUCAAUUAUUUUAUUUUUGUCACUUAAAUAGAUAAUAUCUCUUUAGUGACGUCAUUUGCAAAAUUAAAAAACUGUCUACAUUUUUAAAUCGUUUUAUUUGAUAUUAUGUGGUUUAAAUGAGUCGUUAUUGGAAAAUUGGCACACAAAAGCUUAGUAGUUAUUAAGUAAUAAUUUUGAUGUGCAAGAAAACAUAAAUAAUUUAUAUAAAGCAUUUAACAAUAAAUUUCUAUCAACUGAAAUAUAAAUCUUUAAAUUGUAAAUA